AUGGAUGUGCCUGACCAACGUAUCAUUGAUCGACUCGCCUGCUACCGCAACGACAAGCGGGACAAGGAGCAGGUCCUCAGCAUCAUCAAGAAUAACGGCUGGGCCAUCCGCUAUGCUCCACCGCUCUUCCGGAACUCCGAGGAGGUCUGUGUGGCGGCCAUGAAGACCUAUGGUUUGGGAUUGGAGUUCCUGUCGCCCCUCAUGCGGCGCAACGAGAAGGUGGUGAAGGCGGCGUUGAGCCACUGCGGCAUGGCGUUGAUCUUCGCUCCCGAAGAGCUUCGCAGUCGACGGGACGUCGUGAAGCACGCGCUGCAGAAUGCCGGCCUGGCGUUGGAGUUUGCACAUCCAGACCUGAAGAAGGAUCACAGCUUGGUCUACCAAGCUAUCCAGCAGGACCCCCGAGCUUUGCAAUGUGCGGACGACUCGCUGAAGUGCGAUCGGAAGUUCCUCCUGAAAGCGUUGGGCCAUCGCCCACAAGCCUUGGAUUUUGUGGACAUUUCUGUUCGGUUUGACCCUGAACUGGUGAAGGUGGCUUUGGGCCAAGAGUAUCGACCAGAGUCGCCCCCUCCGAAGGAGAGUCUGGCCACUGUCGAGGGAGGCCAAUCAGCCCAUCCAAAACCGCUGCCCCCCGCAGCCGCCGGUCCCGCCGUGCGCUUUUGCUGGAAGAGCGCCGCCUUCUUCGGCGGAAGUCGCAGUCGCGCUCACCCGAACGGGCUAAGAGCGCUGGUUCGCGCGGUUCGCGUGCGCCAAGUCGAGAGCCGACAGAUCCGGUGCAACCCGAAACGACAUGCACUUUGCACCGGACUCGUGCGCAACACCGCGAGACUCACCGCGGACCGUGCGUCACUCAUUUGGGCGGGUGGAGCCAUGACGGAGACGAAGUUACAGCGCGAGACGCGCUUGACUGGCUCAGCCGAGCUGGUGUCCGCCAUCGAUGCGACGCUUCAGGCCAUGAUGGGGCAAAAGCCCAAUUCGGUGCUUGCCCGAAAGGCCCAAGAGUUCAAGGAGAAGAUCAAGGACUACUUGGGCCGCCUCGAUGAGCAGGUCUUGUUAGGCUUCUACAUGACGAUUCAAAGUCGUGUGGCCGCGGCCUCGGCGCGUGGAGUCGGGCGAUGCGGGGAACCCCGCGUGGCGGCCUGGUGCGCGCCCCAAGGAGAUGAUGGAAGCGGGCCCAGUCCGGAGACCUCGGGGCGAGCGACCGACCGGGAGGCCGUAAACCGCCGGUUGCGCGAGCAAGGGUGUUCACCGGUGAAGGUGAAAAGCACCCGUGCGCGCUCGGCGGCGGCCAGCGUCGUCACGCUGCUGAAGGAAAUCGAUGCGAGUGUGUGCGAUUCCAGGGAGACUCUGAACAUGUCCUACCUUUUGGAGUGGAUGGAUGCCACGAGCUGCUUGGCGGCCGAGCGGCACUGCGGGCGCUCAGCGGUGACCUUGGUGAUGGAUGAUUUGGACUUCACGGAGAACUACUGCCUGCUGAAACGAGGUGAAAGAUGCAUUCUUGAGGGCAAGGUGACCCGUGCCUUCGGAAGCUCCAUGGAGGUCGUCGUGAAGAUCUCCGUGGCGGAGGUCCACAGCGGCACCCUGCGAAUGGUGGGCAAUGCCUAUUUCAUGUACGUCAUUUUGAAGACAGAAGCCGAGAAGGCAGGGCGUGUGAAGGUGGAAGUGCCUGAGCUUGUGCCCAGCACUGCCGAGGAGGUGCUGGAGUUCGGUCUGGCCGAGCGGCGCAGGAACUUUCGGAAGAAGCGAGAAGCCCAAGUGGCCGAGCUGGUCGAGGAAGUACCGCCCUCCGAGACCUUGUCGCCCACCGCGCGGCAAGGCGGCGCCUUGACCUUCACCGAGCUCGUGUUGCCCUUUCACGCGAACCACAUGGGAAACACCUUCGGCGGGCAAAUCAUGCACUGGAUGGUGAAGGGCGCCAAGACAGCAGUGUGGCUCCAUUUGCGUUUGAGCUGCGCUCCUCGGGAAUUACCCGAUGAUCAGCUGGGCGUGGGAGGUCGGCCGAGGCUGCGGACGGAACAGCUGCAGCAUGCCUGGCUGAAGCCCGAGAGCGUGGACACGGUGCACUUCAAGGCUCCAAGCCACGUGGGAGACCGAGUGGUGGUCACCGCCGCGGUCACCCGUGUGUUUAGCGGCAGCAUCGAGGUGGCGGUGAGGGUGACCUCCAACUCGGUGGAAAGCCAAGACGUGCCCAACGAGGUCAAUGUGGGUUACCUCAACUUCUCUGUGAUGUCUCCUGAGGGGCCGCUGACGCCUCAUGUGCCAGAUGUCAACCCCAGCACCAUGGAGCAGGACCAGGAGUAUCGCAACGCCAUCGGGCGGCAGAAAUUCCGGGAACUCCGUCAUGAGCAAGUGAAGAGGACAAGAUGGGCAAGAGCCGAGAAUGCCCUAGAUGAGCUAUGGCGCUAUGUAUGA